AUGGAGUCUCAAAGCAAACUUAGUAUCAUGGUGGAGAUUCAUUUUGGUGUUGUACCUUUGGGAUUUGGUUCAGGGUCCAUAUUGAAGAGUAGUACUAAAUUGAGUUUGGAUGAUAUGAGUGUUGAGACCAGUAAGAAGCCUUCUUUGAAAGCAUUUGGGUUGAUCUACUACAGUGUGUGUUUCGACACUGUUUGUGAGAAUUUUAUAAUGAAUCAACUUAAUUCGAUAGUUAGUGAUUUGACGAAGAUCAAUGGAGGAGAAAAUGGAGAAGGAGAAGGAGAACGAGAACGAGAAGAAGUAGAAGUAUAUGAACCUGAGCUUCUUCAGCUGUUUUCUGAGGAAGAUGAGAUUAAGGUGUUUUUCGAAAGAUUGGACGAGGAAAUGAAAAAGGUGAACGAGUUUUACAAGACUACAGAAAAAGAAUUCUUGGAAAGAGGGGAUAUUUGGAUUAAACAGCUUCAAAUUCUUUUGGAUCUCAAGCGGGUUCUCACUGAUCGACGUCGGAGAAAUGUUAGUUAUAUGGGUUCCGGGUUUUUUUCUCGGUCUAAUUCAUCGUCUGGCCGGAACUCCGAUUACUCUGAAAGCCAGAGUGACUAUUUUGAUAGCCCAUCGGGAAGCCAAAGGGAAGAUGUUAUUGCAGCAUUAGAGAAAAAUGGCGUAAAUUUCGUUAAAUCUGCAACCCUUGGGAAAACAAAGAAUGGGAAGCCUAACAUGGCCAAGAGAAUAGAUAUUCCGGCCACGACCCCGGCCCGAACCAUAUCGACCGUCGCAUCAAUGCUAUGGGAGGAUUUAGUCAACAAUCCGAAGAAGGAGGGAGGCAGGGGCGGAGAAUUUAUCAAUCGAAAGAGAAUACAGUGUGCCGAAAAGAAGAUAAGAGGUGCUUUCGUCGAACUAUAUAGAGGCCUUGGCUUACUUAAAACAUACAGCUCACUUAAUAUGAAGGCUUUUACGAAGAUACUGAAGAAAUUCGACAAGGUAUCAAACAGGCAGGCAUCUGCAAGUUACCUCAAAGAUGUGAAAUCGUCUCAUUUCAUUAGUUCUGAUAAGGUGGUAAGGCUAAUGGACGAAGUGGAGUCCUUAUUCACACAGCACUUCGCCAACAAUGACAGGAAGAAGGCAAUGAAAUUUUUAAGACCCCAACAGCACAAAGAUUCUCACGUUCUCACUUUUUUCGUUGGUUUAUUCACAGGUAGCUUUGCGACGUUGUUCAGUGUGUAUGCAAUCUUGGCGCAUUUGAGCGGCAUGUUCACUUCUAGAGCUGAUGCCGGUUAUAUGGAAACUGUCUAUCCGAUUUUUAGCAUGUUUGCAUUGCUAUGCUUGCACUUGUUUAUGUAUGGAUGCAAUCUGUUAACGUGGAAGAGCGCAAGAAUAAAUUACAACUUCAUAUUCGAAUUCCAACCCAAAACGGCUCUCAAAUACAGAGACGCUUUCCUCAUUUGUACCUCUUUGAUGACGGCAGUGGUUGGGGCUCUGAUCAUCCACCUAAUCUUAAUCUCCCAAGGCUUCUCACCCCGUCAAGUUGACAUGAUUCCGGGAAUUCUCCUACUGUUUUUCAUCGGGCUACUCAUAUGUCCGUUAAACAUCUUCUAUCGUCCAACUCGCUACUCGUUCAUCAAGGUCCUACGCAACAUAGUCUGCUCUCCAUUUUACAAGGUUUUGAUGGUAGACUUUUUCAUGGCUGAUCAACUUACUAGCCAGAUACCAUUAUUAAGGCACAUGGAAUCGGCGUCCUGCUACUUUCUCGCCGGAAGUUUUAAAACGCACAGUUAUGAGAUGUGCAAGUCUGCAAAGUUAUACAAGGAGCUUGCUUAUGUAAUCUCCUUUGCACCGUACUACUGGCGUGCAAUGCAGUGUGCAAGACGUUGGUUUGAUGAAUGUAACCCAGAGCAGCUGGCUAACCUCGGGAAGUAUGUCUCUGCAAUGGUGGCAGCCGGGGCACGGUUAACCUAUGACAGGCAGCCCACACAAUUUUGGUUGGUCAUCGUUUUGUUGACAUCGUUGGUAGCCACAGUUUAUCAGUUGUAUUGGGAUUUUGUUAAAGACUGGGGACUUCUUAAGCCAAAAUCCAAAAAUCCAUGGCUUAGAGAUGAUCUUGUAUUGAAGAAUAAAAGCAUCUAUUAUGUAUCCAUUGCCUUGAAUAUUGUCUUGAGAGUAGCAUGGGUGGAGACUGUGAUGAGAUUCAAAUCUGGAAUGUUAGAGUCACGACUACUCGAGUUUUUCCUGGCUUCAUUGGAGGUCAUCCGACGCGGACACUGGAACUUCUAUAGAUUGGAAAAUGAGCAUCUGAAAAAUGUUGGAAAGUUUACGGCAGUGAAAAUAGUUCCAUUACCAUUCCGUGAGACGGAUUCUGACGGUUGAAAGUUAUGUUGAUACUUGUACGAGUGCAAGACAUUUCGGCAAAUUUAUUCAAUGGAUUGGUAACUUAUUGGCGCAUUGAAAAUCCGAAAUUCAUCAAGCAUUUAACCAUAAAAUGAGCCGUAAGGCAUGUUAAAGAACUCUCGAGGAUAGCACUGGGCUAUUUCUAUACUACAAUGGGAAAAUUUAACUAGAAUUUGGUUGCGUAAAUGUACUUUCAGUGUUUGGACUACAUUUAUUUUUGUCAAAAUAAUUUAUUAUAAUUGCAACGGGAGUCAUCUGUACUAGAAGAAAUUUUGUACAUUGUAUUUACACAAUGGUGGCAAUGAAAGUAACUUAUCUCA